GAUUGCGAUCGCAACAACCCUCGUAGCUAGCAUGAUGGCCGCCCUGUGGUCUUCACUUUUGAUAUGAGUGUACUAGUAGCAAAAAUCUUUACAACGAUCGUUAGAUAAACCAUGCAAACCUCCGGCGGAUCCUCUUCCUCGUCGUCACGGCCCAGUAGCGGGAAAAGAGAGCGGCCAGCGCCUCCACCACCGGCCAGCAGUAUGCUGCCUCCAAGGAACCCGCCCGCGAAGAAGGAGAAAAAGCGGACAAAAGGCCUUGCACAGGACCAAAACGAAGAUAUUCACAAGGCCGGAAACGAUUCUUCUGGUGGCGGGGAGCAAGAUCAAGAACAUCUUCCAGCUGCUAGUGCUGACAGGGGUUUGGUAAGAACCCGAGCGCAGGAGCUGGAUGAACAACGCGGUGGGACGACGAAGAAAGCGAAAGCUAGUAUAUUUCCCGGUCGUACCACCUCCACUUCCGAACGGGGCCGGGAAAAACGAGAAAAGAAAAAGCAAAAAGAAGCUGGAACAAAGAAGAUAAACCUGGCCGUAGAACAGGGAGAUCAUGACCCACCAGGUCGUGCUGGAACGAGUGAUAUUGAGCAACAUCAGGAGGGCAACGACGUGGAAAUGGAGAUAGCAGACGCGGUGGACCGCGACGGGAGCGAGGCAAGCGACAUGGAGGAGGAAGACCAAGCCGCGGCUUUGACAGUCUGGAACGACAUCGCGAACAACUUCGUGCCGUGCUCCCCUGCCAGCGCGGGAACAACCGCGGGUAUUUUUACUGCUGGCCGCGAAGGGGCCGCGCGGGUCGCGAAGACGAAGCAGGCGGGGAAAAGGAAGAGUUCUAGCUUGUCCACGAGAACCUCUUUGGGCGAUAAAACCGACGGGAACAAAAUUAAAAACCGGUUCCCCCCGCUCGUGUCCGAGGAGGACCAGGACCUGUUUGGCGGGCCACCUUUCGAUGACCUUCUUUCAUCAAGGAGGGAACUUCUACUCCCAGCACACGGCUCGUCUUCUUCUGUUUUGACGGAUGAUCUUCUUGAUCCGAGUACUAGAACCGCUGCUACGACUACGGAUAGCGUUCUUGCUGAAAGAGCACAUCAACGCGAGCUAGAGCAAGAGGACGCCGCCUUAGUGUCCAACAUUUCAGUCCUCGCCUUUCCCGGGUUCGUUCAGAACCACAACAAGGCAUUGGAGCUCCUGGGCGGCAUCGGCCCCGUCCACACUGCGAUCGUGAGUCCGUCGCUGAACGAAAGCGCAAACCUGUAUUGCCGACUGGGCGACCAUAUGAACUGCAAAAAUGUCUGGGUCUGGAAAAUUGCAACUUGUCAUGCUGUUUUUGGACUCUAAAAAAAUUUGUAUUGCAUGACCAGCAAGAGGCGUUCAGUUUUUGCUCCGCGCAGAGGGCAUUUGUCAUGCGGGAUAGGCAUCAAGAUUCCCGCAAAAAAUCUGUCAUGCUAGGUCAUGCAUUACAGGCAUCAUAGCCCAUGCGAAAUAUGCAUGACAAACCCGGAAAUCCUCCAGACCCAGACAUAUUUGCAUUUGAUAGACCAGAACCGGUACAUGCAGCCCAUCGGGCCUGCGAAGAAGAAAAGCGUCAACCACAUCCUCACGGCUCGCAACAAGAAGACCGGGACGCUGCGUUUCCUCGGACACUGCCUCUACCAGUUCGACUUCGACACCCUCGCCGAUUUUCACUACUGCCCGCCCAAAGGCCUAGACUACGGCAAGAUUGUUCUGGAUCUGGCCCGGAGCAACAACAGCAGCCCUACUUCUUCCAGCAUGUUGGCCGGGCACCACCAAGCUGCGCAUCAUGGGGGUGGGGGAACGACCAACAUCGACGCGAUUCUGAACAUGGGCAUUACUUCUACAGCUCCAACUAGUACCUCCGGCGGGGAACGAUUGCUGAUGGGCGCUUCUUCAGGGGGGCAGGGGGAAGCGAAGAUGACGACGAAAAAGAGCAGUGCUACAAUUUCUACGAAAAGAGCGUCUUCGAAACAAAACUAUAAGGAGAUCCAGCAGUUGCUAGACCACACGGAUAAUGCGCUGUACUACCUGCCGCCGCCCUGUUUCACGAAAACCUCUUAUCCCCUGGACUACAACUUCGAAGAAAAUCCACACGCUCAGGAGACGGACGACAUCCAGGUAAAACGGUCCUGGAUCCCAUUGCAGCGGCUCAAGUGCGACACGGUAGAGAUCCCGCAGACGGCUCCUGAGGGCGCGGACGUGGAGGCGUACUUCCACCGCGUAGAGAUGACCAACGCAGUGAAGGAGAAGGAAUUGCUGGAGCAGUUGAUGCUUCUCUUCGAGGAGCGGCCCAUCUGGAUUCGCGCGGCCUUGCUGUCCCGAAUCGAAGACAAGUCCCUCCACGUCACGUGGUGGCUGCAGCGGGCGCUGCAGGCGAUCUCCUACAUCUGGGAAAACGGUCCCUACCGCGGCUCCCACUGCAAGCUGGGGUACGAUCCCCGGUUGUCCUACAAAGAUGCCAUUUACCAAGUCAUCGACUUUCGCGACGAACUGCUCAAGGGGCCACAGAUCUUUUCCGUCCAAAAGCAGGCAGCCGCGGCGAACGAGGGUGGAGCGACACAGGCGCAGCCGCAAAACAGCAGCGGGAUGGCGAACAGCGGUCAACAUCAUGCCGGGAACAGCAAUCAGGCGAGUGGUUCUUUUCCGUACUACGCCCCAGCGAGCAAUCGGCCCUCUUUGCUGGACGUGCAUUUCCGCGUGCCUCCGACCAACCGUUCGCAGUUGUACCAAAUUUGCGACCUGGAGGACGAGCCCAUCCAAAAAAUCGUGGAGAAGCGGAUUAGAUGGCUGGAAAAACAUGUCGUGGUAAAAAGCACGAUUGAAGUAGGUUCACUAUCUAGACAGAAAACUACUAGCAAUAUUGUCCACUAGAUCUAUUUAUCAUUGGGAUUGGGAUUUGUAGAAAGAACAAAUAAAAUGUUGAGAGCAGCACAAAAAAAGCGCAAUCUUUCGACGUGCAGGCCUGGCCAUUCUACCUGAGCAUGUCGCUCUGGGUUGUAAGUAAGUUCUUCCGUGGGCUGCUUAAGAAAUUAUUUUGUCGCGCUAUAAUUUGACGUAAAUGUGGCAAUGUUUGCUAGUCUUUUUCUUCCUGAUUCUCAGCAGCCGGCGGAGAAACUGAAGAAGUCGACACAGAAGUGCGCAAGAACAAUGCUGGCGAGGAGAUGAAAACUGAGCCAGCAAAUAAACUUCGAGAAGACCACCAUGCUGCUGCUCCAGGUGACGAAGACAAGGGAGUGGCCGGGGAAGGGGAGGUAGUUGCUGCCGCGUUCCAACUGGACCGCGCGGACCACUACGGUUGGCUCGGGGAGGCGUGUUUGCGCAAGAUUCGGGACCGGAUGCAAGUGAAGAGCGCCCUGCUCCGGGAAAGUGGAACCACGAAGAAAAUGCUGCAGUUGCAGUUGUAAGUCGCAGCACCGGAGCGGGGCGGGGUUGUAUACUCGAGGCUGUACACCUUGGAGGAAGUACGUAGACUCAAGAUGAUCAUCGAACUCGGAAAGAGGCACGAAUCACACAGGUGUGUUUCUGCAGCCCCACAGUAUUAACGAGGUAGCUUCAACUUGCGCAACAUACAAGAACUGGUAGCGACAGUGACCACACAUUAAUUGGCACUUCACAUUCAAAAGUAAGAUUAACCAAGCACUACAUAGUAACUGGCACUUGCGACAGAAGAGCAGGCGUUCACACGGUCAAUUGGCUUCUCUCCGCGCGACGACCGUCCGAGAGUUGUGAAAAUGCG